AUGGUCGCGUCCGGAAAACGAGCGUUGCUCGAGCCUGGGGAGCCCGAUUUGAGUUCCAAGAAGAGCAGGCCGCUCGAACAACCGCCCAAGCCAGAACCCAAGAAAUCGCUGUACGUGAAUAACAUCAACGACUCAAUCAAGCUGGGCACGCUGCGUGAGAGCCUGUUUCUGAUGUUUUCGGCGUUUGGCGAGGUGCUGCAAGUAAAAGUGUCCAAAGCCACUCGUGGACAAGCUUUCGUGGUGCUGAAAAGCGCAGACGAGGCCAAUUUGGCCAUGACAUCCCUGCAAAAAGAGCCUUUCUUCGGUAAACCGCUCCACAUAGGCUUUGCUCGCACUGAGUCGAAUCUGGUCGCGACGACCGCCGAUGGCGACCUCAACGCGCCCGAUCUGGCGCCUCAUGGCGUCACGAAAUAA